GUAGACAGUCGUCUCGCGUGAAUUCGAGGUUCUGCUCGUUCGGACGUAAUUUUCAACUUUAUCAUUUAUUAUUUGUGAAUAUAUACUGCACCGACUAGAAUAAAAAAAAUAUUGAUUUUCAAAAUCAAAUUGACCCGAGCGCCCACCGGUGAGAGUGUUAAUAACUACUUAAUUUUUAUUUCUGGCAAUAUUUAACAUUGUCAAAGUUUUAAUUUGCUACAGACCUUUUAAUUAUAUUUACACUUUUUUGUUCUGUACAGCCCCGAACAAACUGAAUGAGUGCUAAAAUAUAAUAUGUUGAUUGUUUUUAUACUUCCAAGCGCCGGUGCGUAGUAAUUUGUUCUUGAUAUUUUGAUUGUAAUUCUCGCAUAAAACUGCAAUUAUAUAAUGGAGAACGACAUCAACAAACCUUAUAAAAUCUGUGAUGUUAACCGUGACAAAAAGAAGGGUACUGUAGCUUCGUCUUUGGAAGAUCUACUUUCAAAAGUUCCCGAAAAAUUGGGCUUACCUACUGAAAAUUUGACAGUUGUUCUGGAAUGUGACGGUACAGAGGUAGACGACGAGGAAUACUUCUCAACACUAGAUCCCGAUACCGCACUCAUGAUAUUACACGGUAAUGAAAAAUGGGCCCCGAAUAUGCCCAAGUGUCAAGUUUCGCUAGACCAGACAGACGAGGUGACUCUAGGAGAAAAGGGACAGGUCGCGAAUCUUGUAGGAAGACUACAGCAUAAUCUUUGCCACAUCUCAUUACUUGGAGGACAAGAUCUGGAGCUACUCUCAGAUAUGGAUCCAGAUAGCCUUGCUGAUAUUGUAACUGACCGGGACAACCGAAUCAUUUUGGAACAUAUUAAAGAAGCUUCUGGAAGGAUACUUCUAGAGAAGCGUCAAGCACAAGAUGCUAUGGAAUUACUAAAACUGUAUCAUCAGAGUGUAUCAAAUGGCAAUGAAGAUGUGUCACCACCGAGCCAGGAGAGAAUUUAAAAUCAUCAAUGCAAUCUCAACCUCAACAGUGUCCUACUAAUCUGACCCUAUAUAUUUAUUUCUAAGGGAUGGUAAAUCUCAAAAGUUUACAAAGAACUUUUCUUAUUUUAGGCUCCCAUGCUUGCAAAUAGUUCUAUACAAACUGGCAAAAAAUGUAAAGGUAUGGUUAAAUAAAAUUACUAUUUAAUAUUAGUUAUAAUCAUUAUUAUAAGAUUUCAAAUAGAUUCAUUGAAUACACCAAAAUAUGAGGCCUUUUUCCAUGUAAAUGCUAUUACAAAAUGGUUGCAAUCAUUGUUACUUUUAUAGACUCAUGAAUUGAAUGCAUAGUUUUUAGGUAAGAAGCUAAUCUUAUGAAUAUGAGCUAAUAUCGGAUAAUCUUAAAACAUUCUAAAUAAACAUGUAGAUUAUAUUAAAGUUAAUCAUUGUAAUAUCAUAAACUGUUAGCAUGUAUACUGAAUUAUUCACCUAAUACAAUUCAACAGUAUUACUUAAACAAGUUCCAUUUUAAGAGUUAAAAAUAAUAUUUGAAUUGAAUAUGCCAUGUGUUAAUAGAAAGGUAAUGUGUUAGGUACUAAGAUUUGUAGACAUUGUGAAGGUAUUGCUGUAAUUAAUAUUUUUUAAAUUGUCCUGUUUUGGUAUGUUACACCAAUUUUUAAUUGUAAUUUAGUACAGCUAUAAAAGUAUGUUAUAAAAUUGUUUAAACCCCUUGUAAAAACGAUAUUUAUGUGAUUAAUCCUUUGUUUGUGGUACUGUAUUAGUUUUUAUCUUUUAUUUUAAUUAACUUUUUAAUUCUAGUGAAUAACAAAUGGUAAAGCUUCGUGUUUAAACCCCAGGAUUAGAAUAAUAUUUUAUAAAACAAUGUUUUUAUAUCUCAUCUUUUGUAUUGUAUUUAUAUUCAAUCAUGGAUUUUUA